CUGUAAUGUCAGCGAUGCGAAAUUACGAAGUUUAACCAACAGUUUACUAUUUACUACUUUUGCCCAAACCAUGAUGACACAUGAAUAGCUACUGAACGAUAUAAAACCAGGGAAGCACUUCGCUGGCUGCCUUCUAUCAAUGCCUAUCAGGAUUGUGAGCAAUGUGGAGCAGCGAGGAAUUUAUUAACAGUUUAACUGAUACCGUGUAGCCAUCGGAUUAAAUAUUCCAGAAGUUACGGUUGACAGGUGAGGAUGUCUGAAGUGGAGACCCGGGACCCAGAAACACCAGCCGCCGCGCAAGAUCCCCUGUUCAGCGUGCACGAGAAAAAAGACUACGCGCAGAAGCCUCGCACGUGCAAAGUAUGCCACUGCACGAGAAACCGGAUGAUCUGCAUCACUGUGGUGCUGGUGAUGUUGCUGCUCUACGGAAUUGGGCUCGCUAUUGGGUUAGCCGUUGGGCUUAGCCGGAAAAACAGCGAGGCAGGAUCCGUCGGUGAUGGAGAGCAGCAUAUGCAAGUGCCGAUCGGCGCCGUCGUCUCCGACCACGCGGCAUGCUCUGACGUAGGCAGGGACAUUCUGGACCGCCAGGGAACAGCGGUCGACGCGGCUAUAGCCACCCUCAUAUGUAACGGCGUACGUACUCCGCAAAGCAUGGGCAUCGGUGGAGGUAUGUUUAUGGUGAUCUAUGACCGGAACGCCCGGGACGCCUACACCGUGGACGGCCGGGAGGUGGCGCCCGGGGACAUCACAGAGGCCAUCUACCAAAACAUGACCAACCACAAUGUUAACGCCCGGCGGAUUGCAAUCCCCGGGGAGCUGAAGGCAUACAAAUACGCGCACGAACUUUACGGUCGACUGCCCUGGGCGGACCUGUUCGCGCCCACCGUGACAAUGCUCCGGGAGGGGUACCCCCUGUCCAACGACACCGGAACCGCCUUGCUAUUCGUCAUCGGUCGCCUGAAGCAACUUGGACAAACGCUACUGGAUUAUCCAACGCUAUGCAACAUAUUCUGUGCAGACCGGGAGACCGGAGAGCCGCUUAAGGCGGGGGACAUCCAUUACUGGCCCAACCUGGCAGACACCUUACAGGGCGUGGCAGAUCAUGGCCCUGAUCACAUCUACAAUAGCCCCCUCACUCGCACACUCGUCCAGGAAAUACAGGACGCAGACGGUGUACUUGACGUGAAGGACUUCAUCUUGAACUACGAUGUUCGGACGGACCCACCAGUGUACGUUGAGCUUGGGAACCUUACUCUGUAUACCAUGCCUGGGGCCACGGGAGGACCUCUAGUCGCUCUCGCUCUGAACAUACUCAAACGUGGUUUCAUGUGGGAGGGCGCAGAUCUCGAGUCACCAGAGGGUGUUGGUGAAGUGUACCAUACGAUCAUAGAGGCUCUUAAAUUCGCAGACGCCGAUAGGUUGAUGCUUGAAGACCAGCUGUUUAAUCCAGACAUGAAUAAGGCAAUAGAAAGAAUGACAUCCGAAGAAUAUGCUGACGUUCUGCGUACAAAAAUCACAGACAAAACCCAUGACUACAGUUAUUACGCGAACGCCAUGAGAAGUUACGAUGACCACGUUGGGACGUCUCACGUAUCGGUACUAAGUCCAUACGGUGACGCUGUUUCUGUAACUUCAACGGUUAAUUGGUACUUUGGAUCCAUGUUUGCAUCAAAUUCAACGGGCAUUAUUUGGAAUAAUGAAAUGGACGACUUUACAACACGAGGGUCGGACAAGAUUAAUCGCAUUGAGCCGCUGAAGCGGCCCCGGUCGUCGAUGGCUCCCUGCAUAGUGGUGGACAAUGAGGGGAAGGUGAAAAUGGUUGUAGGAGCAGCGGGUGGUAGCAAGAUUGCAACAACAGUCGCACAAGUCUUAGUGCAGACUUUGUUGCUGGAUGUGCCUAUCAAUAAAGUCGGGGAUUCCAAACGGUUCCACCCGCUGGUAUUUGAGAACAGUCUUUCCAUCGAAAGGGAUUUCCCAAAGGACAUUCUCGAUGAACUGAAUGAACGGGGUCAUAAAACUACGAAUUUUACAGGAAACAAUUUCUCGAUCUUGGAGGCAAUUUCCGUUAGUGAAGUAGGGGAGAUAGAGGGUUAUGCGGACCCGCGUAAACCGUCUGGAAAAGCCAGUUAUGUGUUCAAAACUGUAAAGUCAGGGACAAAAUCUUGAUGAAACAGCAUUGCUAAGAGUUUUCAUACUAAAUAAUAUACGAGGUUUAAAGGAGUUUAUAGUAAACGUAUUUGCUUCGAUGUUGCCAAUUGACAUUUCAAUUGAAACUCCAACGCAUUAGUCUAGUACGUGUGUUAACUGUGUCAAGAAAUGAAACGAUGGGCAUCCUAUUGCCAAUUACCAAAGCGUUUUGUGGAACGUUAGUUACCAAUCGUUGGUUUUGUCCCCUUUCUAAGAUAUCUUCUGAAAAGCCAACUUACUAUUUAUGACGGGUAUUUCUGACAAAUCGUCUUUAUGUGAAACCAUUAUAUCGACAGUUGUUUUGUUAAUGUAUAGAAAGAAAUCCAUUUGUGACAAUGUGCAUAUUAUUUAUUGUGUCGAAUACAUUGUAAAAAAAGAGUUGUUUUUGGAAAGACUACAAGAAAGGUAAGUUUUAUCUCGUUUUAUGUAGGUUAUUUUUGGGACAUUUAUAGGUUCGGCCAGAAACUAUUCAAGUGUAUAACCUUUUGUUAGAUACCUGCUCAAUUUCUUGUCGAAGACAACGUCUUUAACGUUUGUAAGAUUAACUAAACAAAAACUGUACAUUCAAGUUUAUAGAUUAUUUCCAUCACAUAUAUAAGCGCAGUUUUAAAGGAAACAAGACCAAGAAAGCGUUCGGAGUUUCAAAACUGUCUGUAUUAACAGGUUGGUUUAUGGUAUAGAGUAAAACGCAUUCGGCUACUAUAUCGUACACAAGGAAAUGAAAAAGAACAUUGGUGCUUGGUAAAUGGCCAACAUUCAUGUAAUAACGAUAAGAGCUUUUCAUACUUCCUCCGACGAGGAACGACGCUUUUUCCUCAUGUGAGUUUCUCACCUUCUCCCAUUUUCCUGCAAAUUCAUCAUAGGUGAUGGUGUUCGACACUACACGAAUUGGCGUCCUUACAUCUUGGCUUUUAAAAGACAUCGAAACAAUGUUAGCAUUUUAUUCAGGAUUCAAUAUCAUUUUAGGGUCUAUCCAAGACAACUCCAGUCCUAGAGAUAUGAAUAUCACGACCUCUUUGGUGGCAAUACUGUGUAUUCCGUAAAGAUAUACGUUUAUGGAAAGAUUAAGCCGAGAUAGGAACCACGUCUUUGUUGUAACCGCUUAUGGGUUUUCUCUUAAAUCUGUUGCAUAUCCAUAUAGGAAACAUUCGAAUGUAAUAGCUAUUGCUGAAAGGCAAACUAUCUAACGCCAAAUAUUUCCUACUCUCGCCAUUCUAUAUAUCAGUCAAGAAUCAUGUAAAAUUCAACUGAAACUUAUUGAGAGAUGAGUUUCUGCUAGCCGACAUUUUUAUUGUUUAUUUUGUAUUCUUUGAAAUUGAUUUACAUCGCUUAUAUAAAAAGCGUACUUUUGCUAAUGGAACAUAUGAAAAGGAGCGCAAUUAAACUUGAAUUGACAUUUGUAAAUGUGUGAAUAUGUGAACAAUUAAGCACUUGGGGAAUACAUUUUCAGAUUUCAACUAUCCAAGGAGCAUGUGUUGUCAAGGUAACAAGUACGUUUCGCGUUUGGCAACCUCUCUAAUAUUAAUAUUGUGCUAUGUGUCGGCGCUAUCAUCUCUUCAAAUAUAUAUAUAUAUAUAUAUAUAUAUAUAUAUACUUAUUUUCCUUUGGCUACUUUGCCAAUUGAUUGGUAUCAACUGCUUAUAAACUUGU